UUAGCGUUUGAGUGCGCUUUGGUGCUUAGCUAGGGUUCUUGCGCGGUCGCCAUGGAUCGGCGAGCGCGAAUUCUCGUCUUGUACGCGUCGCAGACUGGUAAUGCCGAGGAUGUAGCUGAGCGGAUUGGCCGCGAGGCCGCGCGCCGCGCCUAUCUUCCCCAAGUGAUGAGUAUGGAUCGCUACGAUCCGCGGCAGCUCGCAUCCGAAAAUGCUGUGAUUUUUGUGGCAUCGACGACCGGGCAAGGGGAUAAGCCAGACACUAUGAAGAGGUUUUGGAAAUUUUUGCUGAAUAGCUCUCUGAGUAAGAGGUGGCUAGAGAAUGUGAAUUACGCUGUUUUCGGACUCGGUGACUCGGGGUACCAGAAGUUUAACUUCGUCGCUUUGAAACUUGAUCGAAGAUUGGCGGACCUCGGAGCAAAGUCUAUAGUUUAUAGAGGGCUGGGGGAUGACCAGCAUCGUUCUGGAUACGAAGGAGCAUUGGACCCAUGGCUCACUUCUUUGUGGUCCGCCGUGCGUGGAAUUUAUGGUAGAGAAGAAGCGAGCGAACCCGCUAAUGAUACAGCUUGGCAGCUUGAUCCUCCCAAGUAUAAAAUAGUUUAUCACCAGCCUCACAUCUCAUCUGUUGCAGAAGGCUAUAGCACAGAUGUGCAGAGAAAAUGGAUUGAGCACGACCGAGCACGGACCAUGAUAGAAGUUGCCAGUGGCUCCUUCAAUCCGCCAAUUGCCGAUGACAAAAACUUUGGUCGGGUUCCCAACAAUCCCGUCUUUGCACAAGUGAUUAAAAACAUGAGGCUGACCGACACAAGCCACGAACAGGAUGUUCGACACUUGGAAUUCGACCUUGGUGGUUCUGGACUAGAGUACGCUCCCGGUGACGUGCUUGGAGUUUUUCCAGCUCAAAGUGAGGAAGCUGUCUCCAGGUUUAUGGAAAGAUGCGGGUUGGAUGAACCUGCACUCGUUUCGGUUGAACCAGCAAACGCUGUAGAAGGUUAUCAAAAUGUUGCUCCUGUCACACUGAGGACGCUUGUUGAGGCCGUGAUGGACGUUAGUUCCGCGUCUCCCCGUCGCUACUUCUUUGAGGUGAUGAUGCAUUUUGCUGAAGCAGAGCACGAGAAGGAAAGACUGCAAUACUUUGCGACGUCCGAGGGAAGGGAUGAUCUUUACAACUACAACCAACGAGAGAGACGCACAGUAACCGAGGUGCUCGAGGAUUUUCCUUCUGUCCGGCUUCCACUGGAAUGGCUUGUGCAGCUUGUUCCGCGCCUUCGACCUCGAUACUUCUCCAUCUCGUCGUCUCUCAAAGCGCAUCCCAAUGAGAUCCAUCUCACAAUGGCCGUGGUGCAGUGGACAACUCCCUUCAAACGGAAAAGGCAAGGCCUGUGCUCCACUUGGCUGGCCCAACUCGAUUCCAAAACAGGUGUAGUUCCAGUAUGGGUGACGAAAGGAAUCCUCAAGCUUCCUCGUCCUUCGGUACCGCUGAUACUCGUCGGUCCGGGAACCGGCUGUGCUCCAUUCCGAGCCUUCAUCGAGGAGAGAGCCGCGAUCGCUGCAAGCCAGCCAGUAGCUCCAAUCCUCUUCUUCUUCGGAUGCCGCUACAGCGCAAAGGAUUUCCUCUACAAGGAACAGUGGCAGGCUUUCGCCCAAGAUCGAGGCGUGCUCUCGCAGGAAAAUGGCGGUGGCUUCUUCGUCGCAUUCUCCAGAGACCAGCCGAGAAAGAUCUACGUCCAGCACAGGAUUCGCGAGCAGAGCAAGCUGGUUUACAAGCUGAUCGAAGAUGGGGCAGCGAUCUUCGUCAGUGGCUCCGCCGAUAAGAUGCCGGCGGACGUAGCGCAAGCUUUCGACGAGAUCGCUGCCGAGAUGGGCGAUCCUCGAGCGGCGCCUAAGAAGCUAGAAGCUCUCGGGAGAUAUGUAGUGGAAGUUUGGACGUGAAUGAGCUAGGAGGAAUAUUCGAGAGAAAAUUAGGGUUCUUCCGACGAAAA